CCCCUUUAAAACUUCCCUGUUCACAGCACAGGGAGCGCGCAGCAGUGAACGCGCUUCGAGUCUGCAGCGCUACGGAUCAAAGGGUGACAUGACUCUGCUUUGAUCGGUAUUAACGGUAAAUUCUUACAUUCUACGGACGUUUAAAGGAUGGAUUUGGACGUGGUGAACAUGUUUAUCAUUGCCGGAGGGACGCUGGCAAUCCCCAUUUUGGCUUUUGUAGCCUCUUUUCUGCUCUGGCCUGCAGCUCUCAUUAAAGUUUAUCAUUGGUAUUGGCGCAGAAAGCUGGGAAUGCAGGUGGAUUAUGCCAAGUAUGAGGGAUAUCGCUUCUGUUAUUCACACAGAGGGAAUCCAGGCACCCGUCCAUCCGUUCUCAUGUUACACGGCUUCUCUGCACACAAAGACAUGUGGCUUGGUGUGGUGAAGUUUCUUCCUAAAAAUUUGCACUUGGUGUGUGUUGACAUGCCAGGACAUGAGGGUACGACGCGCACCAGUGCUGUGGAUUAUUCCAUCGAGGGUCAAGUUAAACGGAUACAUCAGUUUGUGAAGAGCGUUGGAUUGAACAAAAAGCCUUUCCAUCUGAUCGGCACGUCCAUGGGGGGAAAUGUGGCAGGAGUUUACGCUGCCCGUCACCCGUCUGAUCUCUGUGGCGUCACACUUAUCUGUCCAGCAGGUCUUCAGUAUCCCACUGAAAGUAAGUUUGUUCAGCAUUUGAAGGAACUUGAGAAAACUCAGAACAGUGAUGGGAUACCACUGAUACCCUCCACUCCAGAGGAGAUGGAGGAGAUGCUCAAACUAUGUUCAUAUGUGCGCUUUAAGAUCCCUAAACAGAUUCUUCAAGGACUAGUUGAUGUUCGCAUUCCUAACAAUGAUUUCUACCGUGAAUGUUUUAUGGAGCUUGUGGGAGAAAAAUCCAGACACUCUUUACAUGAGAACAUGCAUCUCAUUUCAACUCCUUUACAGGUUAUUUGGGGGAAGAACGACCAGGUAUUGGAUGUGUCCGGGGCUUCAGUUCUAGCAAAGGCUAUUCCAGGAUCUCAAGGUCAUCUGCUAGACAACUGUGGUCAUUCAGUAGUGAUGGAGAGGCCGAGGAAAUCUGCCCAGCUCAUCAUGGACUUUAUCAUUGCACAACACAAUGCAGGAAUCAACAGCAACAAAAAACUAUCCUAAAACUGGACUUUCUACAUCUAUACAUCUACAUCUUUGUGGUUGGUAGAAGGUUAAAGAUCUCAGCUGCAAAUAUGGGUUGAUCUCUUCAGAAGCCACUUAUCGGAAGGUUACACACUUAACAAUUGUGCUGUGUAACUUCAUUUUGUACUGUAAGUCACUAAAAUAUGAUUUUGAUGAAAGGCUCUUUUAAAAGCGUUAUGAUUUUACAGCCUGUACAUAAUCAGUGAAAGUUAUUUUUGUAGUGAAAGCUCAGGGACGCACAUUAACUGCUUCUGAAGCUAUGCAGAUACAGAUCAGUGUCCUGUAUAGUAUCAAUAUCAUUUACAAAAAUGGUUGUUUACUGUUAAUAUAUUUCAAAUUUUCUUCUGACAUCCUUUUCAUGUUUAAAAAGACAUACAAAUAUACUAUACAUAUACAUCAUUGGUACAACCUAUAUGUUUAUCCCUUUUGUUGUCCUUUACCUUGUUCUUACUGUUUUAAUCUUGUAUGUUUUAAAAAUGAAAAUUAUUAUUUUAUUUUUGAUGGAAAUUGGAAAUUCUGAAUAUUUGUAUGCAUCAUUUCCCAAAAAAAUUGGACAUUAUUCAAAAAGUUAUUUCAAGACGAGCGUGGUUAAUAAUACUGUCUUUAAAUGUGAAUUUGUGAAUGCUUACAGUAUUUUUGUCAGUUUAGGUUCAGUUCACAUGCUGUUAAAACACAGAAGAUUUAGUAAAAUUUAAAUUUUAUUUUCAUAACUGAUAUCAACAUUUAUCUGAUAUCAACAUGUAUCACAGCUAUUCAUUUGAAAGAAUCUACAGAUCACACAGAACUUUGAGAAAAAGAACAUGCUUCUGAUAUGACUAAAAGACACUUAGAUUCAUAUUGUGUCAUAUUACGGCUUGGGGCUUCAUGGAAGACAAAAUCAUAAAGUGCUUAACAGUGUAAAUAUUUUCCAAGCUGAGAAGUAUUAUUGUACCACUUUAAUCUGAAGACAAAAAAAACAAAAUCUUUCUAAAUCUUAUUUUUUACCAAAGAUAAUUCUGAUGAAAUAAAAAGAAUUUAAAAAUUA